AUGUGGCAGUCGGCGCGCGCAACGAGCCGCGCGUGGACGCUCGUGUGCGACAAGCUCGCGGCGACCGACGAUCUGCUCUCGACAGCAGAGCUCGACGCACUCCUCGCCAAGGUCGCCUCGCUGCCGCUGCCGCCGCCUCGCCUGCGCACCGACGACGUGGGCGGCACCUUGGCUGCGCUCGCCACCAAGGUGCCCACCAAGUCGGAGCUGCUCGUGGCCGACUUUAUGCUUGUGCUACGCCACUGCUGCAAGGAAAAGCUGCCGCUCCGGGCCGAGCACGUGACCAUUGUGCUGACGUACUGCAUGAACGCACUACUCCACUGCCCCUCGUGGUACGCCGAGCCGACGCUGACGGGCAUGGCUCUGCUGCUGCGCGACAAUGCAGACAAGUGCCCUUUGCUGCACGCGUCGAUCGUGACGCACCUCGCGGCGUACCUCGACCCGACGAGCGCCGACGUGGGCGCUCGCUUUGCGGCGACGCAGUGCGUCGCGUACCUCCUGCACGCCUCGUCCCUCGCAUCCCCGCCGGCCUAUGCCCUGCGUCUCUGGACGACGCUCGUCGACAACUUUUUACAGCAGUGUCGCCAGCUCCGCGGUGACGUGCCCGGCGUGCAGUGGACCAUGGACCGUAUACUGUACAAGACGUGCGCCGCGAGCCUCGAAUGCAUUUUGGCGCUACUGCCCGCGAAAGACGCCCCGGACCUCGGCCAGCAAAUGCGCUUUGCGCUCUCCAACGUGCUCGCGAGCUUGCGCCAGAUCUUGGGGUGUGGUCUCGUGCUCCAGGGCGCGACGUCGUCGUCGAUCUCGGACUCGGACUCGGAGACGCUCAAGCAGGGCAUUGGGCUGAGCGCACGCCUGCGCCACCUGGUGGUGCGUGUGCUGUGUACCAUUCUCAAGGUGUACCCCACGAGCAUCACGCUGUCGAUGAGUCUCUACCUUCCCGAGACCUUCUCAGCGCACAUGGUUUUGUACGAUCAGUCCCCGUCGAUCUUGACGCUACUGCUGUCGGAUCCGUACGAGCUUGUGCGCCUUGAAGCGCUCAAGUGGCUCGAACUUCUGUGGCCCGCACUCGAGCUGCGCUGCGACCUAACCCUCGCCAAGGCGCCGACGGCGACGACGUUUCGAUCGCGGUCCGCAACCAUGCUCUUGAUGGUCCACCAAGUGCACAUUGCGUUGCUACACGCAAUGCGCGUCGAGCCCGACAUGGCGGCGCUGGUUCAAAUCCUCAAGACGCUGACGCUGCUCGUGCAACAAGUGCCGUACGGCCACGUGCUCCAGGAGCUCGCGGCCGCGACACCGCCGCUCGCCUCGGUCCUGCACGCCAUGCUGGGCCACGUGCACGCCCUCCUCUUCGCGUCGGACCACUCGAUUCGUGUCGCAGCGCUGGCCUGCAUGUCGAGCCUUUUGAGCACGAACGAGCCGUGUGACGUGGUCUUGCGCUGGCUCGAAGGCGAGGCGCUCACGCUGACGCUGCCCACCAAACGAACGCCGUGGAUGGCCGCGCGCAAGACGCCAUUCUUGGUCGAGAUGCUGGUGCAAGCCAAGGCCAACGAGCCACUCGCCGUGCCCUUUCACCGUCUCGACGCCAUGGCGCUCCUCUCCAAGGUGGCCAAGAACUAUGCGCCCGGCCUUAGCCGUCAUUGGUCGCGCUUGGCCGACUUUUUGCUGGUUGCCUUUCGCGACGUCGACCAAAACGUCCGUCUGCAAGCCGUCAAGAUUUUGGAAAACUACAUCAAGGGCGAUGCGGCCAACAACCACUAUCUUCCGUUUCUAUCCACGCAUGUGGUGCGUGCGUUCCAUGACCCGUCGCACCACGUCCGCGCCAGUGUCUGUGCGUGCUUUACGCUGCUGCGCGAAGCCGACUGGGCGACGUUGUCGCUGGCGCCGCUGACAAAAACGUUUCUUGCGACGCCCCUCGACGCGUCGGCCGUUGUCCGCGCUGCGGGCUUUCGCCUCCUUGGCGCGCUCGUCUUGCUUCCUAUCUUCAAGACGCCCAGUUUUGUGUCGCAAGUGGUGCAGCUUGGCAUGCGCCUCGCCACCGACUCGACGCUCAACGUGCGCGUCCGCGUCGUGUGGGCCAUUGGCAAUGCGUGCACGACGCCAGGCCCCGAUUCGACCGACGCCCAAGACAUGUACGUACUUAGGGUUAGGUUAGGGGUAGGGUUUCUGAUGUUUUGGCUGGUUUCUAGGCCGUGGCUCAUCAUGCUGCUCGAGCCCGCGCUUGUCUGCCACGUGCUCGAAUGCAUGCUCACGAUGCUCGAUGAUAACGACAAGGUCGUAUCGAGUGUCGUCCGAACGAUGGGUCUUGUCGCGCGCUGGCUCUGCGCGUCCCCGUACCUCUCCCAAGUCGCGCAGCUGGACGUGGCCGUGGCGCCGAGCUGCCUCCUUGCGACAGCCAUGGAGAGCUUGGCGCGCAAGAUUGGCGACGGUGCACCCAAGGUGCGCUGGAACUCGUGCCACGCGCUCGCCAAGAUCUUUCAGAGUCCAGAGCUGCCCGUGGCGUCUGCGCCGUGGACGCCCACCGUGUUUGCUGCGCUCCUCGGGGCCAUCCAGCAGCAAGACAACUUCAAGGUGCGGAUCAGCGCGACCAUGGCGCUUCGCGUGUCCCUCUCCCGCGUCUCGUAUGGUGUGUUUUACGAGCCGAUUGUGGUUGCGGUCGUCGACACGCUGGACGCCGUCGUCGAGCUCAAGGACAUUUGCGAGUUCAAGUACAAGGAACAACUCGAGCUCCAGUUGUCGUUUACGUUGCUGCACUUGGUGGGCGUGGCGCAGUCGCCGGCCGACGAGGCGCUGCUCGGCACCAUCUUUUCGCGCCAGUACAAGAAUUUUGUCUACGACUGGCUCUACCACCACCAAAACAAGAUGUACGCGGCCAUCUUUGGGGACGAAGGCGAGGACUGUUGUGGGCCCAGUGACGACGGCCACGAAGUCAACCCGCUGAGCUGCUCGGCGGUCGUGCACGCGUGCGAUGUGCUCUACCGCGUCGUCCGCGACCACUGCCCCGCACACGUCGGCGUGCCGUCGGGCAAAUCGCCGAAGUCAAGCUCUAUUUUCGAGAUGGAUCUCAACCACCUCGACGGGUUUGAGUUUUGAGUGUGGCAUAUCGUAAC